AUGGGUGUCAUGUCUUCAGCCAUUGUCUGGAUUCUGUGUCUCAACACCUUCUUUUGCUGCCUGCCAUUAGCCAUUUCCGAUGAUACCACAAACGAUAGACAAGCUCUCCUUUGCUUCAAGUCCAGUCUCUCGGGUCCAGGCAGAGCUUCCGCAUCAUGGAGGAACGCAUCUUCCGAUCACUGCAACUGGCAUGGGAUCACCUGCAGUGCACUGCCUCCUCGCCGUGUCAUUGCACUGGAUCUCGCAUCCGAGGGCAUCACAGGCUCAAUACCACCUUGUGUUGCCAACCUCACCUCUCUUAGAAGGCUCCAACUAUCGAACAACAGCUUCCGUGGCAGCAUACCAUCCGAGCUUGGCUUCCUGAGCCGACUCAAUGAACUCAACCUCAGCGUGAACACUUUGGAAGUUCUCGCUAGCAACAGGCUUACCGGGAAUAUACCUCCAUAUUUGGGGAGCAGCCUCUCUCUCACAUAUGUCGAUAUUGGGAUGAAUGAUCUCACAGGGGUCAUCCCAUUGUCCUUAGCAAAUAGUUCAUCUCUCCAAGUACUUAGACUCAUGACAAAUAAUCUUAAUGGAGAACUCCCAGAGACUCUCUUCAACACUUCAGCGCUUACUACCAUAUGCCUCCAACAGAACAGCCUUGUUGGUUCCAUACCUUCUGUCAUAGCCAAAAAUUCCCAUAUUAAAUAUCUCUAUUUGAGGUCUAAUUAUCUUACAGGAAAAAUACCAUCCUCAUUGGGGAACCUUUCCUCCCUACUUCAUCUUCGUCUUACAGACAAUAAUUUAGCUGGGAGCAUACCAGAGAGCUUAGGCCAUAUUCAACCACUACAGAUACUUACCUUAAAUUUAAACAACUUAUCUGGGUCAGUUCCGCCAUCUCUCUUCAACAUGUCAUCCCUGAUAUUUCUAGCCCUAGCAAACAACUCGCUCGUAGGAAGAUUACCCUCCAACAUCGGCUACACACUACCAAAUAUUCAGGGCUUAAUUCUCUCAACAAAUAACUUUGAUGGCACAAUCCCAGCUUCUCUUCUCAAAGCUUAUGAUCUACGCAAGCUUUACUUGUAUAACAAUAGCUUUACUGGAUUCAUACCAUCCUUUGGUUCUUUGUCAAAUUUAAAGGAACUUGAUUUGUCAUACAACAAGCUACAAGCUGGCGAUUGGGGAUUUCUCUCUUCACUCUCAAAUUGCUCCAGAUUGACUAUGCUGAUGUUGGAUGGGAACAAUCUCCAAGGGAAUUUGCCAAGUUCCAUUGGAAAUCUUUCCAGUAGUCUAGAUACAUUUUUCCUAAGAAACAACAAAAUUUCAGGGCCUAUACCAGCGGAGAUUGGCAAUCUUAAGGGCCUCAGCUGGUUGUACAUGGAUUACAAUCUUCUCACCGGUAAUAUACCACCAGAAAUUGGAAAUCUGUAUAGGAUGGUCUAUCUAUCCUUUGCACAAAAUGAGCUUUCAGGCGAAAUCCCAGACACUAUUGGUAACCUUGUUCAGCUGAGUGCUCUGAAACUAGAUGGGAAUAACUUCACUGGGAGGAUACCUGCAAGCAUAGCACGUUGUACUCAACUACAAGAACUAAACCUUGCGCACAAUUCACUAGAUGGGAGUAUACCAAGGAGCAUCUUCAAAAUUUAUUCGCUCUCUAAAGAGUUGGACUUGUCACACAACUACUUAUCUGAGGGCAUACCGGAGGAAGUUGGCAAUCUCAUUAAUCUGAGUAAGUUUAGAAUCUCAAAUAAUAGGUUGUCUGGAAACAUCCCAUCCACUCUCGGACAGUGUAUGGUUUUGGAGUAUCUUGAAAUGCAAAGCAACUUUUUGUACGGGAAAAUUCCAGAGUUCCUGACAACUUUGAGUUCUUUGGAAAACCUCAAUGUAUCAUUCAACAAUUUUUAUGGAGAGGUUCCUAGAGGAGGCUUAUUUGACAAUCUGAGUACAGUGUCAAUGCAAGGAAACAGGCAUUUGUGUACAAGUGUUCCAACAGGAGGCAUGCCUCUUUGUUCUCCACAAGUUGACAUGAAUCAGAAACACAAGUCUCUAGUUCUAGUCCUCCAGAUAGUAAUGCCACUUGUUGUCACUAUAAUCAUUUUGUCCUGUAUUGCGACAAUUUAUUGGAGGAAGAGAGUGCAAGAAAUUACACAUUUUCAAAAACUCAACGAGCAUAUAAAGAAGAUAUCAUAUGAAGACAUUGUCAGGGCAACUGCUAAGUUCUCCUCUGCAAACUUAGUUGGCUCGGGAUCAUUUGGAAUGGUUUAUAAGGGCAGUUUGAAGUCUCAGGAAGAUAUAGUUGCUAUCAAGAUUUUUGAUCUUGACAUUUAUGGAGCACAAAGGAGCUUCACCGCCGAGUGUGAAGCCCUGCGAAAUGUCCGCCACCGGAAUCUUGUAAAAGUCAUUACCUCAUGCUCUUCAAUGGAUUCUAGCGGAUCAGAUUUCAAGGCUCUAAUAUUUCAAUACAUGCCAAAUGGGGAUCUAGAGAAGUGGCUGAAUCCGAAAGUGAAUGAACAUGGUGAAAGAAAUAUGUUGACAUUGAUCCAAAGGAUUGAUAUUGGUUUGGAUGUAGCAUUUGCAUUGGAUUAUCUCCAUAAUCAAUGCGCUUGUCCACUGAUACACUGUGACUUGAAACCAAGCAAUAUUCUUUUGGAUCUUGAUAUGGUUGCAUACGUCACUGACUUUGGUCUAGCAAGGUUUCUAUUCAGUACACCAAAUACAUAUCAAGAUAGUUCGACAAGUUUGGCCUGCCUAAAAGGAUCCAUUGGAUACAUCCCACCAGAGUAUGGCAUGAGCGAAGAGAUAUCAACCAAGGGUGAUGUUUACAGUUUUGGAGUGCUUCUGUUACAAAUGAUAACAGGGUGUAGUCCCACUGAUGAAAGAUUCAAUGAUGGUACAAGCCUUCACCAAUUUGUUGAUAGAGCACUUACAAAAAAUAUUCUUGAGGUUGUUGAUCCCACAAUGCUCCAGCAAUACAGCAGUGUAACUGACAUAAUGAGAAAUUGUGUCAGACCGCUGGUUAGAAUAGGCCUCUCUUGCUCCAUGGCAUCGCCCAAAGAGCGCCCGGAUAUGGGACAAGUUUCUACCGAGAUCCUUAGGAUCAAGCAUAUGGCCUCGCACAUGGGUUUAUGA